AUGAAACUAGAACAAGACUCAAAGGAACAAGCGAGUUUCCACUCGAGUGAAGAAGACUGCGGCGGCGGCCUGAAGGCUCUAUUGACGUGGCUCGCCGCUGCUUCUGCUAUACAUGAUCCAUGCAAGAUCCUCGAGUCCAAGAUUCCAGGGCGCGUCUCAUACCCCGGUACAACAUCAUACAAUGCCUCCCUAUCAUCCUACUAUAGCGGCCAGGAGCGCGCCUUGAGUCCCGAUUGUAUCUUCAGGCCUACCAAUACUUCUGAAGUAUCCCAGUUCGUCAGGUUAGUGACUUCAGACGAUUACAAGACCAAUUUCGCCUUUAGGGGUGGUGGACACACCCUCUGGCCUGGCGCGGCAAACAUUGACUCUAGCAUCACCAUCGACAUGCGCGCCAUCAACCAAGUAGAUUUGAGUGAGGAUCACAGAAUUGCCCGCAUUGGAGGUGGCGCUGUAUGGGACCACGCUUACGAGCAGCUUGUGCCAUAUAACUUGACUGUUAUGGGAGGCCGGAUUCCCGGGAUCGGAGUUGGUGGCUUCGCCAGUGGAGGUGGAAUUACCUUUCACUCACGCGAGCACGGUUUUAGCUGCGACAAUGUCUACGGUUACGAAGUUGUUCUCGGAAGUGGGGAAGUCAUUUAUGUCGACGAAGGCUCUAACUCCGACCUUUGGGUUGCUUUGAAAGGCGGCUCCAACAACUUUGGCAUUAUCACACGCUUUGAUGUAGCUACGAUUGCUCAGGGCAAGAUGUGGUACAGCCUCCUGAGGUACAAUUAUACAAACGCCACGUUGUGGGCUCACGCCAAAGCCUUCAGCGACUUUAUGAAGCCAAAAAAUUUCGACAGCGCCGCUAUGAUCGGAGUCUUCCUGGUCUAUACAGGUGGUGUGGCGGAGCUCAACACCGUUGACAACGUCGUGGAGCUGUUUGGACAGAACAUGCCAUCUAACGAGCAAGGUGCCUUCCAACUCACCUUUUCGUUCCAUAACCCAGAUCCCAAUGUCUACAUGGAGCUUUUCAAGAUCUGGCAGAAGGUUUUGAGCAAAAUCGCAAAUGUGGACAGCAUAUUCGUCGAGUUCUUGGUUCAGCUUCAUCUCGUCACUAACGGCACUAACAUGUUCGGCCUGACGCCUGGAAGGACAGACGACGUUAUGAUCGACAUGACUGCUGGCUACCAAAUAAAGUAG